AUGACGCUCGACCACUACUAUCACAACAAGAUCGAGGCCAUGAAGCUCGAGAUCCUCAAGGGUCAAGCAGCUCUGCGCCGGCUCGAGGCUCAGCGAAACGACUACAACUCUCGAGUGCGGCUACUGAGGGAAGAGCUAGGCUUGCUGCAGCAACCGGGCUCCUACGUCGGCGAGGUGGUCAAGGUGAUGAGCACAAAGAAAGUGCUGGUCAAGGUGCAUCCGGAAGGCAAAUAUGUCGUCGACGUGUCCGAUAGCGUCGACGUCUCCAAGCUCACCCCCGGCAAGCGUGUCACUCUCCUGUCCGACAGCUACAAGUUGGAGAAGCUGCUGCCCUCGUCGGUCGAUCCUUUGGUGUCCCUCAUGAUGGUCGAGAAGGUGCCCGACAGCACGUACGACAUGAUCGGCGGCCUGGAUCAGCAGAUUAAAGAAAUCAAAGAGGUCAUCGAGCUGGGCCUCAAGCACCCCGAGCUGUUCGAGUCUCUGGGCAUCGCCCAGCCCAAGGGCGUGCUGCUCUACGGCCCUCCGGGUACCGGCAAGACGCUGCUGGCCCGGGCGGUGGCACACCACACGGCUUGCAAGUUCAUCCGCGUUUCGGGUUCCGAGCUGGUGCAAAAGUACAUUGGCGAGGGCAGCCGGAUGGUGCGCGAGCUCUUCAUCAUGGCGCGAGAGCACGCGCCAUCCAUCAUCUUUAUGGACGAGAUUGACAGCAUCGGCUCGUCGCGCGUCGAGGGCUCCUCGGGCGGCGACUCGGAAGUUCAGCGAACGAUGCUCGAGCUCCUGAACCAGCUUGAUGGCUUCGAGCCGACGAAGAACAUCAAGGUCAUCAUGGCGACGAACCGACUCGACAUCCUCGACCCGGCGCUGCUGCGUCCGGGGCGCAUCGACCGAAAGAUCGAGUUCCCUCCGCCCAGCGUCGAGGCGAGAGCCGACAUUCUGCGCAUCCACAGCCGCAAGAUGAACCUGACGCGAGGCAUCAACCUGACCAAGAUUGCCGAGAAGAUGAACGGCUGCUCCGGCGCCGAGCUUAAGGGCGUCUGUACCGAGGCCGGCAUGUACGCCCUGCGGGAGCGGAGAGUUCACGUGACGCAGGAAGAUUUCGAGCUCGCGACGGCCAAGAUCCUGAAUAAACACGAUGACAAGGAGGUGUCGCUUGGCAAACUAUGGAAGUGA